GUGUGUGCGUGGCUUGAUAUACACAAAUUUGAUAAUUGGUUUUUUACCCUUUUUUCUGGCAACAAAACUGACAGAUAAAAGGGUAAAAAAAACAAUUAUCAUAUUUUCUCUACUGGCAAAUGAGGUUCCAAUGAUACACAAAUUUGGGCCAAAUGUCCCCCAAAACAAGGCUCUUAAAAAAGGGGGUUUUGAAGUCUUCGAGUGUGUAAAAAUAUGAAGACAAAAAUAUUUUCUGAAUUGCUUUGGGUUCCUCCCUAGGUCAGCGUAACCCAAGAUGAGAGAGUGGCGAGUGCUGCGUGCUGGUUAAAAAGGCACUGGCUUUGAGAAGGCAUCUCUCUGAGCGUGGUGCUGGCAUCAUCAGACAUUCGUACUUGUUGUGCUGACACCUUUGUCAGGGGCCAUCCAUUUAGUAGAUACAGUCCCAACAUGCGCUGCUUGGCGGCACGCGUUAACUAUCGGUCCCUGAUCGUCAUCUGCGCUCUCUUCUCCUUGGUGACCAUCCUGCUGUGGAACAAAUGUGGCACAGAGAGCACGCACGUCUUGGAGGGCCUAGGCACGGGCAAGGAGCCCGACAGACACCACCGCUCUGUGCUGGGAGAUGCGGUGGCCCACGCCGACCCCAAUGACAUUCCUCAGGGUAUGAUGCAGCCGGCUGUUGUCGUGGAUGGCGGACCCGGCCAAGGGAAUGGUGACAUGCGCCACCAGCCCCCAGCUGCGCCCGUGGUGUCGCCCGUCCCAUUGCUCAAACCCGCGAACGCAGGCAAGCCCCUCGGCAUCAAGUACGAAGAGAUCGAUUGUGUUGUCAAUGAUGAUUACACUGUCAAGGGCCGUCGAGAAGGCAGCGAUGUCUAUCUGCCCUUCAGCUGGGUGGAGAAGUAUUUUGAGGUUUAUGGGAAGAUCGUCCCGUACGAUGGCUUUGAGAGGUUUGAGUUCUCACACUCUUACUCGAAGGUGUACAACCAGCAGGACCUGUACAAGCCAGAUGGCGUCUUCAUGUCCUUUGAGGGCUACAAUGUGGAAGUUCGUGACCGUGUCAAGUGCAUCAGUGGAGUGGAAGGUGUGCCAAUAUCAACGCAGUGGGGUCCACAGGGCUACUUCUACCCAAUCCAGAUAGCCCAGUAUGGCCUGAGCCACUUCAGCAAAAACCUGACCGAGAAAGCUCCUCGCGUGGAGGUCUAUGAGACCGGAGAGGGUGGUGGGCCCUCCUCACACUGGGACGUCCCUGGUGGGUGCUCACUUAUCAGCGUAAUGGACCGGGAGAGAGCAAACUACGUCAAGCAGUUUGCCACAGCAGAGUCGUCAAAAGGGGUUUCCCGUGCACUCGAGAACACCAAGGACUUCAUGCUGUCUUUGAACGUCAAGUUUCAGUCAAACGGCAGCAUUUCCGUUGAGCUGGAGACCACCGAGAAGCGGUACACGAUACACUAUGUCACGAACAAGCAGCUCCUGCACGUAAAAGAGCGAGACAUUUACUACGGCAUCGGAGAGCGAACCGUGUGGAGCACCCUCACCCGCGACCUCCUCACAGACCUCAAGAAAGGGGUGGGCCUCUCCAACACCAAAGCCGUGAAGCCCACCAAGAUACUGAUCCGCAAAGUCAGCAGAGUGACGCUGCGUGGGAAAGGGGCGGUCGACAAUGUGACCCUGGCCACCACCGCGCACAUGGCGGCCUUCUUCGCGGCCAGCGAGUGGCUCAUCCGCAACCAGGACGGCAAGGGAGGCUGGCCCAUCGGCGUCACGCGCCGGCUCGGGGAGGGCUUUCGGCCGCUGGAACCCGGCUGGUACUCGGCGAUGGCACAGGGUCAGGCGAUGUCCAUACUUGUCCGGGCCUACCGCCUCACGAGGGACGAGCGAUACCUGCGUGCUGCUCUCAGAGCAACAGGUCCCUUCACGAUUGCAUCGCAGGACGGCGGGGUGAAGGCAGUCUUCAUGAACCGCUACGACUGGUACGAGGAGUACCCCACUUCGCCAAGCUCUUUCGUCCUCAACGGCUUUAUCUACUCCCUCAUCGGCCUGUACGACCUCAGCCAAACGGCCGGCGAGGCGGAGGGCGGGGAUGCGCGACGGCUCUUCCAGCGCGGCAUGGAGUCGCUGCGCGCCCUGUUGCCCCUCUACGACUCCGGCGCGGGCACCAUCUAUGACCUGCGGCACUUCGUGCUGGGCAUCGCGCCCAACCUGGCGCGCUGGGACUACCACACGACGCACAUUAACCAGUUGCAGUUGCUGGCCUCCAUCGACCCCGCGCCGAUCUUCAAGGAGACCGUCCGCCGAUGGCUGGGCUACAUGAAAGGACAAAAAGCUAAACACAACUGAGGCUGGUGUCGUUCCAUGUGGAGCUUCUUGGAAGAUCUUGAAUAUAGAUGAUUAUGUAGAGGUUAUGUUUUAAAUUUAGAGUUUUUUUUUAUUAAAUAGACAUUUGCAUAACUUAUGUCAUAAAUGGUCCAAAACCAAUUCAAGAUGGUACCAAAGAAAGCAUGAGAUAGAGUAAAGGUGAUAUGCAUUCAAUGAUUGCUAUAAUGAUAGUUUGGCCAGAUGUUAUAUUUCACCUCCCACAUCCAAAAUAUCCAAAAGUCCUGCCAUGCUGUUUUGUGUAAAUAUCCUUCACUGUUUUAACCACAUUUAUAAUUUCCACAACUCUUUAAGCGAGCAGGAAUCGGCUGAGCAUUUGGCACUUUCAGAAUUUUAAAUGGUGGGAAUACUUGAAAAUGUUUCUUUUCUGUUAAAGCGAUAAACAUUGAUUUUUACAUUCCAUUUAUUACUAACUAUAUUUCUACGAUAAUACAGCAUGGUCGCGGUUUGGCUACUUUGGACUUAUAAGCACAAGUCUAGUUUUUAUCUGUUGGAACGGUAAAGGCAUGUAAUGGCAAAAUAAGCCACGGGCUGUUCUUUGUGUGUUAAUGCACAUUUGUGCUUGUAGGGGAUUUUUUUUGGGGUUGAACAUCCAGUCAGGUUUGCUUUAAGGUGUGAAUUUAGAUUGCUGCUUCCAAUGUUAUAUUUUUCAAAGGCUUUUUGUUGAAAGAUUAUAUUUGAUACUGUGGGUUUUUUUGUACAUCCGAGGCGCCGAGACCAUUUUUUCCACACCAAUAGGAGCUGGUCACACUCUUUCUCUCUCUCUCCCACCAAGGAUCUGCGGAUUAAGACUGUGGAGGAGAAUCGCACGACAAAGGCACUCGUCGCAGGGUUCCUGCGCCUUGCAUUCAGUAGGGGAUGCCACUUUUAUUUGCUGUGGCACGGUGGUUAAUUUUUUGGAUUUAAUUAGAUUAGGAAAUAUUGCGCAACUCUGUUUUUAAUUAUUUGACAAACGACGACUUGUAAAUUAUAAACUAUGUUUUAUCUUACCAGGUAAGACCCACUUAGCUAUAUAGCUCUUUUUCAGAAGCGACCUGGCCACAAAUAAUUUCUUAAUGAAGUGGCUUAUCGCGUGGACAUUUAGAGCCGCCAAAUACUCUAAAUGCACGUUUCUAAAUCUGGAGGGAAAAAGCGAAGGACCUGGAGAAAAAUCCACGCGAUCAUGGAGAGAACUCGCAAACUCCUAAUAUACAGGUGUCAGGAUUGAACCACGAUCUCCUGCAUACCAGGCAAGGUAGUUAACAUCUCGCCACCAUGAUGUAAUAAUUCAGUUUACUUAUCUACCAUGGAAUUUGUCAACUGGGAUGUUUGGCCAGUUAUUUUAAAUUAGUACCUUUCAUCCAUUUUCAUUCUAGGGUUUCCUGUUCAUAUACACAUCUGCGCUUUCCUCUUUGUGUUUGAUGCAUACAAAGGGUCUUACACAGAAUGCCACAGGAUAUCUUGAAGAACGUUGAUCUAGCUGAAUGUAGUCCAAAGGCAACCUCAGAGAGAUGUAAUCUGUACACCUCCACAUAGUGAGUCAUGGGCAUUGUCUUGAAUAAGAUGUUUUUCUUUGGCUAAAGCAUCUGCAAAACUCGUGGAGCCCCAAAAACGCAACGGCGGUGGGGGUGGGAACAGGCACACGGUAGCUUCGUGGCCUGUGCAGGCUCCGUAACGGAUGAGACGACUCAAAAGGAAUUGGCACAGCAAGGCUGUAGGUGAAUUUUCAGUGUCAAGAGAGUGUGCUCUGUUGACUCUUGCUAUAAAAAACACUCUUCUUGAGAAGCACUUGGAUGCCCCGAGAUCGGGCAUCACCACUCAAUACCAGGCAUUUUGGACAGCUUUUCAAGCUUUCAUUUGUAUAGCUGCGAAUCCCACGAAAUUGGAUGUGCUCGACUACAAAGGGUAAUACAGUAUGCACGUAUCAGAGCAUGCCUGUGCUUUGGCAACAAAUGACUUGAUGAAUUAUCAUGGCAGAAAAAUAAUGUUUUGAAUUUAAAUUAUUGCAUGGGUGCAUGCUACCUACUCAAAAUAGAUUAUUAUUAUCUAGUUAAAUCAAUGUUAGUGGUAACUGCAGAAAUGAUUACGGUGGCCCCUAGUGGCAUAGCACAGUAGUUGCUUUUUUGGGACUACUUUACUGCAGUGUCUGAUCUCGUUACCUUCCCAACGCAUUAAUGCAUUUCAUAUAAUUGAUGAAACCACGGUGCUUU